AUGUUUUCGCGCAAAAAAAUCGAUAAAAUACCAAUCGAAUUAAUGGCAAAAGGUGGAGUUUUGGUGGAUGAAAUUGGACUUGGAAAAACUAUUGAAAUGUUGGCAUUGAUUGUGUCGAAUCAGAGAAAAUUCAGGAAAAUUGCGGCGAGGAAUGAGAAGUUUGAACGAUUGAAUUGGGAGGAAUAUGUGGAUGUGAGAUAUAUUUUGGUGCAAUAA